AUGGAGGCUAUAUUAAAACGUAUCAUUAAUGAAAAUGAGCAAAAGUCACUUAUAUUUGUGCUUGGAGCUGGGCCUAGAGAGUAUUUCGAAGUGGAGUUACCGUCUGGAGCGUUCACUUAUCCGUCAGUUCAGGCUGUAGCGAACAGCCGGCACAAUGUCAAGAUAAUGUUCCUAGACAAACUCCAGUAUCUCUUCAUGUAUCUUACAAAGUUUGAAACGGAAUCUAAGACUGACUUCAAGACAUUGGUUAUAUAUGGACUAGAUGUGUUGCUAAAAGUUGCAUCUACUGAUAGUCGUCUGAGUGUGUCGCAGGUACGACUAACGAACUUGAUCUAUAACAUAUCAUUUAGAGUUGCAAAGAGACAUGGUUUAGAUUUCGAAUUCGUAUUGCAUAGUACACCAGCAAAUGCUGAGAUGCAGAAACUUGAAAGUUAUUGGCGUCACAUUUCAUCAGCUUCUGAUGAUCUAUGUACCAUAGAGGGUCUUAAUUGA